AUGGGAAGAGCGGAUGUGCUGGUGCUCUUCGCCUUUGACAACGUCCUAGUAGACGUGGACUCGGACAUCCACAUCGCCCGAGCACUCGACGCCGAUCUGGUUAACACAAUCUGGUCCAAAAAUGCAGCAGACAAGAAGAUCGACCGUGCCAAAACCAUGGACGAAUUCUUCGUGGAACUCGCUAAACAUCACCCCGAAGUGACACACGAGGAUAUCCGCAACGCAGCGCAACGUCUCCCAUUCAGUCAAAGCAUACUGGACGCCGUCCGUCUCGUAGUAGACGACUUCGGUGCCACGUGCAAAAUCGUGAGCGACUCCACCGUCUUUGGCGUUCGAAGUUUUCUGGAACAUCAUGGUUUGGCCGAUCAAGUGAGUGAGGUGGUAGCCAACUCGACACACUUUGAAGACGGAGGCAAGGUUCUGAGAGUGAGACCUUACCAUGGAAACCAUUUGGCACCGCAUGGCUGUCGGAACUGUCCCAAUAACUUGUGCAAAGGUGUUGUACUGGAACGGAUCCUGCAGCAACACCGGUACGCAAGAGUGCUGUAUGUUGGUGGAGAUGUUGGAGACGUUUGUCCAUCGACGAAACUGGCAGCGGACGACGUGGUGUUUGCUCGCUGUAGUGGAGAGAAUGAGUUAUUAACAUUGUUGAACGAGAACCCUGAUCAGAUUCAGGCACAUAUUCGUCAGUGGAAGACAGGAGAGGACGUUCUCGCAUACUUCCGAAACUUUUUCUAUCGACAGUACGCUGAAUGUCGUCAAGCGAACGCAAGCGACACGUUGAUUUACGCUGAGCAAGACGGGAACUUUUCAGUUCCAACGCCAAUGCCUCGAGAAAUUGGAGAUCUUUUGGUGGUUUUCGACUUUGACGACUCAUUAGUGAACGAGGAUUCGGAUGUUUUUGUGUUCGGGUCGUUCCACCAAGAGCUGUGCCAGACAGCGUAUGAACGACACGCUAACAAGCCGAUAUGGCCCAGUGUGUUCGAUGAUAUGCUCCAGGUUUUGUCCACUGAAAAGCCUCAUGUGACGCCUGAGUUGAUUCGCGAAACAGUAGCGCAAAUUCCAAUCCAAGCGCGUAUGAUUGACGCCAUCCGCAUGGCAGUGGAUCUAUUCGGUGCAGAAGUCAAGGUGAUCAGUGACGGCAACACAUUCUACAUCGAGAGUAUGCUGCAACACCGAGAGCUGAGUGAACACGUCAAGGAAGUGUUUGCCAACCCUGUCGAGCACGAAACCUUAGAUGAUGGACGCACCAGACUCCGGAUCCGUCCUUACCACGCCGAUCAUCUGGAUCCACAUGGAUGCACUUGGUGUCCUACAAAUAUGUGCAAAGGCAGCAUCUUGGACUCGAUUCGCAACGGAAAAGCCUACUCCCGAGUGAUUUACGUUGGUGACGGGACAGGAGAUUUCUGCCCAGCAUCCCGUCUAACAGAGAAUGACGUCGUGCUUGCGCGCUCUCACCUUGUUAAUGGAAAUCCGUACGGAUUGCAGAGACGAAUCAACGAAAACCCUGGCAUCGUCCACGCGCCCGUUGUGUCCUGGAGUACAGGAUACGACAUUUACCGUCGGUUUGCUCAGUUUUGUCCGUCUCCAUACGUCAGUCCUCGUACCAUUCCUCGAAUCUCCGGUAGUGUACUGGUCGUGUUUGACUAUGACUGGUCGCUGAUCAACGAAAACUCGGACACUUUCAUCUUCCAACAAUUAUACCCCGAACUUCUUGGUACGUUGCGGGAACGGCGUAAGACUCAGCCGUCGUGGACGAAGAUCAUGGACGAUAUGCUCGGAGUGUUAGCAGAGGACAAGUCGGACAUCACUCCGGACAUGAUUCGAGACACAGUCGCCCGUGUUCCUAUUCAAUCGCACAUGUUGGAUGCUCUUCGUCUCGCUGCGGAAAUAUACAACGCCGAUGUGAAGAUCGUUAGUGAUGCCAACUCGGUGUAUAUCGAGAGUAUGUUGGAGCUCCGUGGACUGACGCAGGAUGUAAACGAGGUCAUCACAAACCCCGCUUCAUUCGAGACGUUGGAGAAUGGUCGCAGUCGACUCCGUGUGCGUCCGUACCAUGGAGAAGCGUUUGAAGCUCACGGGUGUGAAUGGUGCCCUACGAACAUGUGCAAGGGCCGAAUUGUCGACAUCUUGCGUAAAGCGCAUCCAUAUUCGUCUGUGCUGUACGUUGGCGACGGCUCGGGCGAUUUCUGCGCAGCGACGCACCUGACAAAGAAGGAUGUCGUAUUUGCACGCGCAGAUGAAGCGGAUGGGAGAUCGUAUGGGCUCCAGAAUAGAAUUGACAGCAACCCGAACCUGGUCGAGGCUUCUGUUGUGCCCUGGAGCACGGGCGAUGACAUUUAUCGCCAUUUCUCGCAAUUCUUCCAUGCGCCACCGCCGUGA